AUGCAAUUAAUAUUAUUCACUCCUGCGUAUAAUGAAGCGGUUUCAGCGCCGGAUCUUCAGAAACCAGAGCAUAUUUUUGGACCUUCGUUCCGGGAUCUUCAGAAACCAGAGCAUACGUUGGACCUUUGUUCCGGGAUCUUCAGAAGCCAGAGCAUACGGUGGACCCCAGUUCCUGGACCUUCAGAAACCAGAGCAUACGUGGACCCCCGUUCCUGGACCUUCAGAAACCAGAACAUACCUUGGACUUCGUUCCUGGAUCUUCAGAAACCAGAGCAACGACCAGUGGAGGAAUAUUGUUGGAUAGAAGACGCAAGCUGGACACGAACAUCAAUAAAGCGCAGUUCGGCAUUAUUUAAAAAAGCUGAAUUUAAGUUACGCAUACAAGGUGCUUCUUCUCUUUUAACCGACUUUAACGAAGUUCAGUCUAAAAUUGAGGAACAUUCUGAUGAUAUCGAUGAACAAUUAGAGUGUAGAGAGGAAUUCGAAACCAGUUAUUAUAGUGUGAUUGCUAGGGCUGACAGUGUGCUAUCUGACGAUAAAAUCUCUGAACAAUCUCAUCAGGGACCUCUUAAUAUGGUCAAACUACCGACCAUCUCCCUACCCAGUUACGAUGGAUCCUAUGAGAAUUGCACUACAACAAAACUACGAGUUGUAUUUGACGCGAGCGCGACGACCACCUCAGGUAAAUCGCUUAAUGACUUACAACUCGUAGGUGAUGCUAUACAGGGUGACUUAAUUGCCAUUUUAUUACGUUUUAGGCAACAUCGGUGGGUAGCGUGUGCCGACAUCGAAAAGAUGUAUCGGCAGGUAUUAGUGAAUCAUAAUCAACGCGACUUACAAUUAGUAUUAUGGCGCGAAAACCCCACAGAUGAGUUAGGUAUAUAUCAACUCAACACAGUGACAUACGGUACAGCAUCGGCACCUUUCCUCAGCGUCCGUUGUUUAAAGGAGUUGGCGUCCAAAAGCUCAAAUGAAGAAGUUAGUAGAACUAUACGUGAGGAUUUCUAUGUCGACGAUUUAAUCACUGGUUCUUCUGACAGUGUUGAACAUUUAAUUCAACUUUGUGAGGAGGUUAAUAAAAUCUUAAUGUCAGGCUGUUUUCCACUACGGAAGUGGAUAUUCAAUUUUAGCCAAGAGUCAAUUCCAUCACAUAACUCACACGCAUUAAAGGAGUUGUCUCUCGAUAAAAAUACACAACAAAAAACGUUGGGCCUUGCAUGGUGUAAUCAGUCUGACACGCUUAACUUUUGUACAGAAUUUAGUAUUGAUUAUGAAACAUUAACUAAACGCGUCAUACUGUCAAAGAUUUCUAAAAUAUUUGACCCGUUAGGAAUGCUCAGUCCUUUCAUAAUUAUAAUUAAAGUUUUAUUACAAAAGCUGUGGCUACUAAAGCUCGACUGGGAUGAACCGUUACCCAGUGAUAUCAUUCGACAAUGGGAACGAUUUGUUGACGACACCCCAUUGCUUGCUAAUAUACACAUACCGCGAAACGUAAUAGGUAAUAAUCCAUCGCGCAUAGAAUUACACAUUUUAGACGCAUCUCAGACGGCCUACGGUGCGUGCGCAUAUGUACGCAGCAUAUGUGAUGACGAUGAGAUCACUGUCAGAUUGUUGUGUUCAAAAGGAAAGGUCGCCCCUAUAAAACCUACCAGUAUCCCGCGGUUGGAGCUGUGUGGUGCUCUGUUAGGUGCUAGACUGUUCGAAAAAAUACAACAAUCACUACGGUGUCAAUUUAGUAAGGUAGUUUUUUGGACCGACUCGACUAUUGUUCUCGCUUGGUUACGAAUGAACCCUAAUUUGCUGAAACCUAUUGUUCAAAAUAGGACCGCUGAAAUACAAGAGUUGACAAGUGACCAUACAUGGCGCCACGUAUCAGGCAACCAAAAUCCAGCAGACAUAGUGUCCCGUGGAUCCUAUUUAGAUACAUUACAUAGUUGUAAAUUAUGGUGGGAGGGCCCCCUCUUUUUAUUCGACAUUACUUAUGACGCAUCAAAGGACAACUGUAGUGAAUCUAAGACUAACACGGACUGGUCAGUGUUAGACUUGCCUGAAAUCAAAGUGGGCGGUCGACUUAGUAAUUCUACUUCAUUUUCUUACGAUAAAAAACAUCCCAUAUUGAUACCAGCUAAACAUCACUUCACAGUACUACUGUUUCGUGCAGAACACAAGCGGCUACUACAUGCAGCGCCACAGGCUCUCUUGUAUGCGAUAAGGGAAACGUGGUGGCCUGUUAGUGGACGGAAUGUUGCUAAACAAACUGUUUAUAAUUGUGCCAAAUGCGCCCGAUUUCAAGCCAAACCCCUCACACCGCUCAUGGGUAAUCUACCCAUACAACGCGUAAGCCCAGGAUUUGCCUUCAUGUAUACAGGGGUUGAUUAUAUGGGUCCAGUUUAUAUUUUAAACCGCAAAGGUCGAGGUGCACGCAUUGUAAAGGCAUAUGUUGCAAUUUUUAUUUGUUUCACUACUCGUGCAGUUACUUUAGAGUUGGUAGGCGAUUUGUCAACAGAUGCAUACUUGUUGGCUAUCAAUCGGUUUAUUUCUCGUCGUGGUAAACCGUCUGAUAUAUUUUCUGAUAACGGCAGAAACUUUGUCGGCCUUAUGAACGAAUUUCAUAAGUUCCUCUCUAAUUGUUCACAAGAUAUUUUAAAUUACGCUACUAGUCACAGCAUAAAUUUUCAUUUUAUACCUCCUUAUUCUCCUCAUUUCGGUGGUUUGUGGGAAGCAGGGGUUCGGUUAUGUAAGCAUUCUUUGCGAAGGGUAGUCGGGAAUUUACAUUUAACGUACGAAGAGUUCAACACGGUAUUAACUCAAGUAGAAGCUGUCAUGAACUCUCGUCCCCUUAGUCCUAUGUCCACGGAUCCUCAUGAUUAUCUUCCAUUAAGCCCUGCUCAUUUCUUGGUUGGUCGUCCGCUGACCGCACCACCGUGCAACGAUCUUCAAGACGCCGCGCCAACGAGUUUGACACGAUAUCAGCGUGUGGAACAAAUUCGCCAACAUUUUUGGACAAGAUGGUCCAAAGAAUAUAUAUCCGAGAUGCAGACAAGGAAUAAAUGGAAAACACGUCAAGCAGACUUAAAACCAAAUACAUUAGUACUCAUCAAAGAUGACCACUUACCUCCAUUAAAGUGGCAUUUGGGUCGUAUCGUGUCCACUGUUCCAGGCAGCGACGACGUAUCAAGAGUUGCUGAUAUAAGGACCGAGUCAGGCAUCAUUCGGCGGGCAUUCUCAAAAAUAUGUCCUCUCUGGGAGGAAGACUUGAAAGCAGAAUCUUUCAAGGCCGGGGGCAUGUUAAAGCAUUAACAAUAUGCAAUUAAUAUUAUUCACUCCUGCGUAUAAUGAAGCGGUUUCAGCAGUAAAACCAAUGGACGACUGCUAAGUUAAAAAUAGAUAAUCACGCACAACAUCAACCAGUCACAAGAGCCGCUCAUCACGACAUCGCGAGAACGCCAAUCAUAACGCAGGAGGAAUUUACAUGACCUUUCAGGUUUUCAAAAUUGUAACCGACUCGCAAAACAAAACUUCAACGCACAACAUCAAAUUUAUAUUACAUCAACGCUUCAAAUUAUUAUCUAUUUUAUUUACCCUAGUUAAAUCGCUGCAAAUACUAGGUGUAUUUAUUCAUCAUCAUCAUCAUCAUCUGUUCAUC